GCGAGAAGCGCUGAGAGUCGCACUUCCACCAGCAGCGUUUACUCACUCACACACUCAAUACUACCCUCACACACACGGGGCUGGACUCACACUCAGUCGGGCUUUAUCCUCCGGCGUCUUCAGAUCUUUUUCCGUCGGGACAUUUAGGAGAUUUAGUUGGUUUUAAUGUUCGCCGAAACGAGCGGAACCUGCCAUCAUGGGUUUGCUGUUACCAGCCAAUGUGCUGAAGUAGGCUGGAUUUUCCCUCCGGUUUAAGCCCCACCCCUACCCCAGGGGCAACUCCCCCUUUCCGUCUCACCGGAGGACAAGCAAUCAUGGCAGGAAUCAAACGUGGGUAUGACGGUAAGAUUGCCGGACUGUACGACCUGGACAAGACACUCGGUCGUGGCCAUUUUGCCGUGGUUAAACUAGCGCGGCACGUCUUCACUGGCGAGAAAGUGGCGGUAAAGGUGAUCGACAAGACCAAGCUUGACAUGGCCGCGACUGGCCACCUCUUCCAGGAAGUCCGCUGUAUGAAACUGGUCCAGCACCCCAAUAUCGUUCGGCUCUAUGAGGUCAUUGACACGCAGACCAAGCUCUACCUGAUCUUGGAGCUUGGCGACGGAGGCGACAUGUUCGAUUACAUCAUGAAGCAUGAGGAGGGACUGAAUGAGGAGCUGGCGAAGAAAUAUUUUGCCCAGAUCGUGCAUGCCAUCUCAUACUGUCACCGUCUGCAUGUUGUUCACCGUGACCUGAAGCCAGAGAACGUGGUGUUCUUUGAGAAACAGGGCCUCGUCAAGCUCACUGACUUUGGCUUCAGCAAUAAGUUUCAGCCUGGAAAGAAGCUUACCACCAGCUGUGGCUCACUGGCUUACUCUGCCCCAGAGAUCCUGCUGGGUGAUGAGUAUGAUGCACCUGCUGUUGAUAUCUGGAGUCUAGGAGUCAUCCUCUUCAUGCUGGUAUGUGGUCAGCCCCCCUUCCAGGAGGCCAACGACAGCGAGACCCUCACUAUGAUCAUGGACUGCAAAUACACUGUACCUGCCCAUGUCUCUAAUGCCUGCAAAGACCUGAUAAACCGUAUGCUUCAAAGGGAUCCAAAGAGGCGAGCAUCACUAGAAGAGAUCGAAAGUCAUGCAUGGCUUCAAGGGGUGGAUCCAUCUCCAGCCACCAAGUUCAACACCCCACUGGUGUCCCACAAGAACCUGUCUGAAGAAGAACACAACAGCAUCAUCCAACGCAUGGUGCUGGGAGACAUCGCAGAUAGAGAAUCCAUCAUUGAAGCCCUAGAGACAAACAAGUACAACCACAUCACUGCUACUUACUUCCUGCUGGCUGAACGGAUCCUGAGGGAAAAGCAGGAGAAGGAGGUGCAACCUCGUUCUUCCAGCCCCAGUAACAACAAGGCCCAUUUCAGGCAGUCAUGGCCGACCAAAAUCGGCAUGCAUCAGGACAUUGAGGACAGCUUAGCAUCUUCGUCCAUCUCUCAUGCUGGGGGUCCUCAGUCUCCGGCUCGCAGUACAGAGAACUUGCUAAAUGGUCAUAGAAAUAAGGGGCUUCUAGAAUUGAGCCGUAGGGAGGACACCAGUGGAGUCUCCAACAGCUCUACAGCACCUACCGCUCUGCAAACAAACCCCCUCAUGGUACCUCUUUCUUCUGCUUCAGCCAAGCAGAGAACCUGCCUUUUUCGAGUGGAAGAGGAUGAGGAGGAGGAGGAAGAACAGGAGCCUUCGGCACUACCUACCCAGGUGGUGAUGCGGCGCAAGCCACUGUCCAUCACUAACAGGCUUACGUCUCGCAAGAGCGCCCCUGUGCUCAAUCAGAUCUUCGAGGAGGAAGGUGAGUCAGACGAUGACUUUGACAUGGAUGAAAGUCUUCCACCCAAGCUUAGCCGGUUGAAGAUGAACAUGACAUCUCCUGGUACGGUCCAGAAGCGCUACCACCGGCGCAAGAGUCAGGGCCGUGGUUCAAGCUGCUCUAGCUCAGAGACCAGCGAUGAUGAUUCAGAGAGUCACCGUCGGCGUCUAGACAAAGACACAGGGUUCACCUACAGCUGGAACCGCAGGGACAGUAGUGAGGGUCCACCUGGAGAUUCUGGGGGCAAUGGGGGUGGUAGCAGUGGAGGACAGAGUAAACCACCUGGGGAGGGUAACUCAGGACCAGACAAGAGCUGUCCUCCAGGAGGAGGAGGAGGAGGAGGGAAUAGUGGUAGUACCGGAGGAGGAGGAGGUGGUGGAAGUGGUGGUGGAGGUGGUGGGGGGGGUACGAAAGGACAGGGUGGCCCUUCCAGCUGUUCCCGUAGCAACAACAAUAUUUCAUCUGGUUCGACGCGUAGUGCGGCUCGGAGUGCAGGGGAACUUGUAGAGAGUCUCAAGCUCAUGAGUCUCUGCUUGAGUUCUCAGUUUCAGCAUCGCAACUCUGGAGGAGGGGGAGGACGACGGUUCAUCCUUGAUCCCCAGAGCUUGUCCAGUGUUAAAGUCCAGGAGAAAUCCUCCUGGAAGAUGUGCAUUGGUUCGAAAAGCAAUCUAGACAAAAUAAUCAACCCUGCCUUGAAUGGUGGUAUUGGGGCAAUGGAGCAUUAUCCAGACCAAACAGCAGUCAUGCUAAAUGAACUUGGCCUGGUCAAGGAGAACAACCUGAACUUGAAAAACAAUGUUCUCCAGCUACCUCUGUGUGAAAAGACCAUCUCCGUGAACAUCCAGCGAAGCCCAAGGGACGGUCUGAUCUGUGCUUCAGCCCAGGCCAGCUGCUGUCAGGUCAUAUGAUGUUGCAUCACAUGGCUGGUUCUCAGAUUGGUUUGUUCCUAUUGCCACAUUUGUAGCAUAAGAAUGACUUGAGUUCUCUAUGAGUAGCUGUAUAUGACCUCUCUCGACCCCAACCUGACCUUUAAACCUGCCUUCUCUGUUGUCUUAAUCAUUCUCAUUACUUAUUUAUUAAGUUUCUACUCUUGGACCCACUUGUUUUAAUGAAGUGCACACUGCUAUCCUUUUUCUUUUUUCCCCAUUAGAAUUUAAUAGAAUUCAAAAAUUGUUGUCAAGUCCUGUUUAUUUUGCUUUCAUAGCCCUCAAAAUAAAACGUUCUUACAUUGAAUUCCAAGAUUUUGACAGCCUAGUCUUUCAAGAAGAGUUAAAAUAAAAUUACCUUUAAUAAAGUGAGAUAUAUAAAUUAAGGUCAAAGGUAUAACAAAACAGAACAUGGCAAUUCGUAAAACAAGCUCAAUGUAAAUAUAAGAAUUGCAACUGGUCUUGUAAAUUUAAAGCCCCAUUAUCAUUGUAAAGUGACGGUUUGAAUAGUAAAACAAUAAAAGCAAUAUUGAGAGUAAAGAACCAAUAUAGUCAUUGCGCUCUUUGAGUCGUAAACUAAAUUACUAUUUUGCACACUGUUUUUAUUCACCAUUUUUAAAGUGCUGUUGACCAUUUCCAUUUCUUUGUUUAGAAAGUUUCUGUUUAACUUAAACUUUUGAGGUUAUGGACAAUCAGUUGCAAUAAUAAGGAACAUUUUUAAUGGGUCAUUCCCUUAAAGGGGGUUACAGGAUAAUCCAGAUAACUUGGAUUUUUUAUUAUUUUGUUUAAGAUGUAUUGCCAUACAUGUUCACCAAGUUCAUGAUUCACACCACACCUUAAGAUUUGUUCAAAUUGUGUGAGUUUAAGGAAAGAUUUGUUGAGAUUUAAGUGCAAUUUAUACAAGUUAAGAUGGUAAAUUUUGUAAUCCCCUCUGUGAAAUGCCCUCGUAAUGUUUGCCAAAUUUGCAUCGCAGACAGCACCAUGGUUGUACCCAGACAUAAAUGUGUUCAUCAUAGUUUUUGUUAAAUUAUAAAAUUAUCAUUGUACGAUGGUGCAAGCAUGGUCUACAAUUAGGAUACAGUGAACAUGCAAAUCAUAGUGGGAAUAAUUACAGUGGAGUUUCUGCUAGAGUAAAAUCAAACCCACAGACACCAUCAGGCCUUUGUAGUACUGAAUGGUUUUAACCAGUAGCCCAUUUAAUUAUUUUUUUAAAUACAAAAUUUGAAUAGAGAAAUUACUUUGUCAUUAAGGACUUUUCUUUGGCUUCCGAAAUUAUUUUUGGUUGCAGAUCCCAAUCUCACCCCUGUUGUUAUUGUACUGUUCAGCAUUGAGUUACUGUAUGUACCAGUCUCAGAAUGGACUGGCCAUAGGGGCUGUUUAUACAAGUAUGUAUAUAUAUAUUUUUAAAAAUUUUAUUUUUUGAAAGGACUGCUGUUUUAAAAUGCUGUGUUGGAUGCAGGCCUUGGGCUGACUUCCAGUUGGGAUAAAACGGGGCUGUUUUGUCACCUGGCCACCUCUUAACAGAUAAAUAAAUGGUAUAUCUUAUAUCAGGUGUGACCACUUUAUCAGGAAAUAUGGCUUUGAGAGUAAGCAAUUGGGUGACAAUGAUCUGGUAUAUAAAACAGUCAAAGCUCUGCAGAACAGUGAGAGUGAACGAAAAUUGGGUGUGAGAUAUUUAAAGGGCAUUUGCAAUAAGCUAAGCUAUAAGUUGCAGCUAUAUGUAAAUAUAAUUUUUGUUGUUGUUGUUUUAUAUGUCAAACCUGUACAUCCUUCAAAUGGCUCACUUGACCUAAAAUUAUCUUAAGUAUUUCUGUUUGUUUUGUGUUUUCGUUUUAAGAAUAAAGUCUGUAAAUAUAGGUGUACAUAUGGUGCUCUAUACUUAGAAAUGCAGUGUUGGACUUCUUGUUCAUAGCUGUAAUAUAGCCUUAUUAGAUAUGAGUGUCAAAAACAGAGCAAGGGAGGUUUAAAUGAAAACUAUACUAUAUGCAUAAUGUCCGUCUCUGACUUUGUCCUACCCUAAUGUAAACAGCUAAAUGACAUGUGCAUGUGUUGUGCGUUUGACAUUAAUGAUCCAUGUCCAUUCAGAGGAAAAGAACCACCAUGAAAUGUUACAGGACCAAACCAUGUACUGACCUCAAAAGAUGAAAAAGAAAAAACAAGCAAAAUUAAUAAAUGUUCUGUUGCUGAAACUUGUCCUUAAACGUUACAUAUAGCUAUGGUGAUGUCCAAAAUUAAAUGUGAAAUAUG